AUGACAGAAGAGGAAAAGACAAAUGUGCUUAAACUGCUCAUCCUUCUCUUCAGCCAUUUUAUUGUCUCAAGCCAGUCAGUCUGCCGCAGACCCCUAUAUCAUGAUUGGUAUCCUCAACCAAGGAACAUUACCAUAAGAUUGUCACUCAUGGAGAACACAUGCAGGAAUGUGAAUCAGUGCUGGAAUGGUAUUUUGGAGACAUUGCUGGAGCACUGGACGGAUCAGCCGUAUGCAUUUCCUCAAUUAUGCCCCAUGGAGGUCCAGUUGGGAGAUGCACUUUUUGCGUUCAUUGACCCAGUACUCGAACAAUAUGAAGUUAAUCUUAUUAAUAUGACAAAAGAACAAUUUGACGGUUGCUUUACAGGGAAAAAAAGGAACCAACACCUUUUUGCCAGCCCUAUGAAAGGUAGCAUAAAGGUGGCCUCAAAGUGGCUUUCCCCUGGCGUUCAUUAUUUCGCCGCCACUCAUAAAGGCAGUAGUCAUUUAUGUCAGCUCGGCCUCCGCUUUAGUGUGCUGGUCAAAGUGCAACACUGCCAGAGCUCUCCACAUUUUCUUCUCUGCUCAGGAAAAGGUGCUUGUAGGGCAAAAACUGCACAGUUUGCAUAUGACUGUCAUUGCCGUAAGCCGUACUCUGAACCAUAUUGUGAAGCUUUAGACGUGUGUUUAGAGAAGCCAUGCUUAAAUGGUGCGACCUGCAUAAGCAACUGCUCUGUUCAACCAAGUCAGGCAUCUUACCAGUGCUUGUGCCCAUCAGUAUUUACCGGUAUUAACUGCUCUGAAAUUCUUGGUCAAACCAACUGUAUGAGACAGUGCAAAAGUGGAGUGUGUCGUCAAGUGUCCCCAAACUCCUUUCGGUGCGAAUGCCUCAAUGGAUACACAGGCACAUUCUGCACUGAGAAGAAAGACCCCUGCAGUUCACAGCCUUGUGGAAACAGAGGCAAAUGUGAGGAACAUGGUGAAAAGUACAUUUGCAUGUGCCCAGAAGGCUUCACCAGUUCCAAUUGUGAAGUGAAGCUGGAACACAACUGCACAACGCUUGGCUGUCAGCAGGAGCAAGCAUAUGGCAUUGUCAAACAUCAUCAUAUUCCUGUUCUUGGUUGUCAGGAGUGGAGCCCAAUGUGGACUACAGGUUUUACUAGGAAAAACUGUGAGAAGAUAAUUUUAUAUUGCAAGCUGCAUUUUAUUACAUGCUUGAAUGAUGGAUCAUGUAUCCACCUAAUUGGUGAAUAUGAUUGUUUUUGUGCUCAGGGCUGGAUGGAGAGCCUGUGUCAACACGAAGCCUGCCUGAUUUACCCAAAAUGUUGCUUUAAUGGAGCUACAUGCAUCAGCACAGCAAUGUUAGUGUUCUGCCAUGGCCAGCGAAAGAGCCCGGAUCUCAGUCCCAUUGAGCACGCCUGGGACCUGUUAGAUCGCAGGGUGCGUAGCAAUAGAGGACAGUGUUUCAUCAAGUACAAGGGCAUCGGUGCACCAGGUUGGACAGGGCCAUGUUUGCUCAACAUUAAUGACUGCACUCAGCAGUGUUGUCGUAAUGGAUCCACUCAUGUGGAUGAAGUUUCUGGUGGCUACAGUUGUCGGUGUGACCACGGAUACACUGGGGUCUACUGCGAGCUUGACAUUGACUAUGGCGUUGGACAGCAGUGCUCAGAGCACGGCGUCUGUGUGAACCAGCAGUACAACUACACCUGCCGAUGCCAGCCAGGGUACACAGGAGUUCUCUGUGAGAUGAAGACAGAUGAUUGCAAGAGUUCGCCAUGUGCUAAUGAUGCCACCUGCAUGGGUAUUGUUGCCAGUUACUGGUGUUUCUGUGCUGCUGGAUCUGAAGUGCUUUCGGCAGUGGACGUGUCCUGGCAUGGGCUCUCGGACAGGUUUUGGAUGGGUGGAGGUAGGCAUAAACGUUGCUCUGGUUUCUGCAUUAGUAAUUCCACCUGCGUUGACCUACCGAGAGAUUAUGCAUUCAUCUGCCCCAAGGGAUUCGCUAAUAAGAACUGCUCCAUAAAGGUUACCGACUGCACACCUCUUUAUAAACCAGGUCAAAGUAAUGGCACGUUCGGCAUGAAGAACAGAGACAUCCUUUGCACUUGCCCACCAGGCUUAACUGGACAAUUUUGUGAAAUCAACGUUGAUGACUGUGCCGGUAACCCUUGUGGAACAGUCAGCAUCUGCCGAGAUGGCAUCGGUACCUACCAUUGUUUCUGCGCACCUGGAUUUAUAGGUAAUAACUGUGAAAUUGAAGUAAACGAGUGUCUUAGUCAGCCCUGUAAAAAUGGAGCAUCCUGCCUGGACCACCUCAACUCCUUCAGCUGUGUCUGUCCAGAUGGUGUCACGGGCGCGUUCUGUGAAAGUGACAUCAACGAAUGCCUGUCAUCCCCAUGCCUGCAUGGAGGCACGUGUUUGGAUGUUGCCAAUGGAUUCAUAUGCAUUUGCUCUCUUGGCUUCACUGGACCCGCAUGCGAGGUGGAUAUUGACGAGUGCAGCUCUUCUCCUUGCAAGAAUGAAGCCACUUGCCGAGACCAGCCUGGUAAUUACCACUGCCAAUGUGUGGAUCCAUUUAAAGGCGUACACUGCGAGUUCCGGCCAUGUGAAGCAAAUAAUCCAUGUGAGAACGGGGCCGAGUGUGCUGAAGACACUGACCUGGACCGGUUCCCUUUGGGAUUCCACUGCCACUGCCUCCGAGGCUUCACUGGCCCCCACUGCGAGAUUAAUAUUGACGAGUGCAUCUCUAACCCCUGUGUCCACGGAUUCUGCUAUAACGUUGUGGAUGGCUUUUACUGCCUUUGUAACCCGGGUUAUGCCGGAUUGACGUGUGAGCAGGACGUUGACGACUGCCUCAGCAACGUGUGCGAGAACAACUCAACUUGUGUCGACUUCCAUCUGAGUUACCAGUGCGUCUGUGACCUGGGCUGGGAGGGCAAGUUCUGCGAGAUUGAGACCAACGAGUGCGCUUCAAACCCGUGCAAAAAUAAUAGCACCUGUACCGACCUGCCCAACUCCUACAGGUGCUCAUGCCCUCCAGGCUGGACCGGCCCUGACUGCGGAGAGAAUGUUAAGGGAUGUCUUUCGUCUCCUUGCUUUAACGGGGCCCUGUGUGCGCAGUCAGAUGAUCCCAGCGCGUUCUCCUGCACCUGCCCUCCGUUCUUCACUGGCUCCCUGUGCGCGCUGCCUUACGACCCCUGUGACGUGAAGAACAACCCUUGCCUGAACAACUCCACCUGCCGAUCCAGCCCAGAUGGCUCAGCUAAGUGUGUCUGCCCUGCAGGGAUUGAGGGAUUCCGCUGUGAUAUUGAUACCAACGAGUGUGGCUCCAGCCCGUGCCAAAACCACGGCCAUUGUGUGGACAUGGUCAACAGUUACUACUGUAAUUGUAAACCUGGAUUCUCGGGUCAGCACUGUGAGGAAGACAUCAAUGAGUGUGCGUCCAACCCAUGCCUAAACCAUGGCAUCUGCCAAGACCUGGUGGACAGCUUUCAAUGCUCCUGCCUGCCUGGAUACAAUGGGCCUGUGUGUGAUAUGGACGUGAAGGAGUGUGAAGCCUCAUCCUGCCUCCAUGACGGUGUGUGUAUCAACAAUCCAAGGGGCUUUAUAUGCAUGUGCAAGCCUGGAUACACGGGCACACAGUGUGAGCUGAAUGUGGAUGAGUGCCAAUGCCAAAAUGGUGGGAGUUGUGUCGACGGUCCUGGUGGCUACCACUGUUUAUGUUCCAGUGGCUUCACCGGCUCUGACUGCAUGAACAACAUUGACGAAUGUGCCUCAGACCCCUGUGCUCAUGGAAGCUGUUCAGACGGCAUUGACGCAUAUGACUGUCAAUGUGAGAGAGGAUGGAGUGGCCCCAGAUGCGAGACUAACAUGGACGAGUGUGCAUCUCAGCCUUGUUUGAAUGCUGGUUCCUGUGUCGACCUCUCGGACAAAUACGCCUGCAUAUGCACCACGGGCUACAGCGGGACUCAGUGUGAGGUUGACUUGGAUGCAUGCCUGGAUAUGCUUCUGAAUUCCUCUCACUGUUUUAAUGGUGGAACUUGUCUGGAUGGCCCAGGAUACAGUUUUACAUGCAGAUGUCCAGCAGGUUUUGAUGGGGAUUUCUGUGAGCUGGACGUAAACGAGUGCUGCUCAAAGCCGUGCUUCCACGGCGGCAUCUGCCAGGACCUCAUCAAUGGAUACCGGUGCCACUGCCGACCCGGUUGGACAGGCCUUCGCUGUGAGGAUGACAUUAAUGAGUGCCUGCCGCAGCCAUGCAACCAGGGGAUGUGCAUCCAAAACGAACCAGGCCACGGCUACUCCUGUUUCUGUCAGCCUGGAUUUGUUGGCAGAAACUGCGAGUAUAAUUAUGAUGACUGCUUGCUCUGGUCGUGUCCCGAUGGCUUCACCUGCGUGGACGGCGUCAACAGUGUGAGCUGUGUUGCCGUGGAGACCAAUGUGACCUCAGCACCUGCUGUUUUCCUCACUCAUGCUGAACAAGUGGCAGAUAUCACCUAUGCAAGAUAUUCUGGCACUUCUUUCCUAGAGUUUGAGGGCAUUAAUCUCAGUGAUGUGAAUAAUAUCACAGCGAGGUUUCAGACUCGCUCAGUGAAUGGAAUACUCCUGUAUGUCGACCAAGGUGCUGGCUGCUUUUUUCUCAAGCUCUACCUUAACAAUGGACUUUUACAGUAUGAUUUUUCCUGCAGCCAAGAAGAUGGGACUCACGGCAUAAAUACCAAAGUACAGGUUAAUGAUGGAAAAGAGUACAUGGUGCAUAUAAGACAGCAUCUCGCUCCUUGUGAAGCAGAGGUUGCUGUGUCUGGCUUUCAACGUGCUCAAAGCAAUCCGAGCAAUUACUGGCCACGAGUAACUUUACAGACUGGCCAUGUUUUUGUAGGAGGUCUUCCUAUCAGUUACUCUCCAUAUAAGGGAGCUGAGCAUUGGUACAACUACACUGGCUGCAUUGAAAUAAUUGAAAUUAAUAAGCUCAGAGGAUUUCACACUUCCAAUGCCAUUGCUGGGAACAACGUCGAAAACUGCAAGUCUUCCUGGCAUCAGGACAGCCUUGUGCAUGCUGCUGUAUCCGCCGAUGCGUUCAGUUCUCCCACUGGAGCAGGCAGCAUCAAUCUUCUGCCAACUGUGCCCUCACUGGCAUGCGCCGAUGAGCCAUGUCUCAAUGGUGGCAUGUGUCAUCCUCUGUCCAUGCCAAGUGGUGCUGCAUCGUUCUUCUGUAAUUGCCCUCUCCAUUACACCGGCCGUCUGUGUGAGAAAGAAACCACUAUAUUCUUCCCUUUAUUUAGUGGAUCUUCAUACUUGGAGCUUCAACCCUUUACUUCAGUGUAUACAGCUUUUGGGACCAUGUCUACUAGAGACGCAGCGAUUAUUCAUGUCACCGUACAAGUAAAAGCUCCCAACGGAACCAUACUUUACACUGAGGAGCAGACGUUUGGGAAGAGUUUUCUUCAUGUGUUCCUCCAGAACGGAUAUCCAGGUGCCAGCCUGGGCUGCGGUGGCGGGGAUGUUUUAAAAAUCGUUUCCAGUCAGAUCAUUAAAAAUAACACCGUGAUGCCAAUAACAGUGAGAUAUCGGUUGCCUGUCAGCGGAGAUGGAGGGUUAUGCAUGAUUGAAAUAGCUGUGGCUAAUGGAACUGCUAAUCGAUCACAGAAAUAUGUUUCUGAACUCCCAUCUGAGGUUGAAUUUGGACCCACUUUCCUUGGUGGUGUUGCAUUUCCUUCUAAGCAUCAUGGCAAAAUAGGCAACACCUCUGGUUUUGUGGGCUGCAUUAUGGAACUUCAGUUGAACUCUAGGGAAAUGAGGAUAAUGGAAGAGGCUCAUCGAGGCCAAAACAUCCACAACUGUGAUAUGCCAGUGUGUCAGCACCAACCAUGCCGGAAUGGUGGCACCUGCAUCAGUGAUGCAGAGACCUGGUUCUGCAUGUGUCCCCCGCUCUACUCAGGCAAGCUGUGUCAGUUCAGUGCCUGUGAACGUAACCCGUGUGCCCACGGCGCCACCUGCGUUCCCAAGAGCAAGUUAGAGGCAGUGUGUCUGUGCCCACAUGGAAGGCAAGGCCUCCUGUGUGACAAAGCUAUCCGAAUUACACGACCCAGAUUUAGCGGGCUUGAUGAGUUCGGAUACCCGUCCUACAUGGCCUACCUGCCUAUUUCCAGCAUGAGCUACUUCUAUGAGUUCCAUCUGAAACUGACGUUUUCCAAUAACGGCACAGCCGUGAAGGAUAACCUUAUUCUCUUCUCUGGACAGAAAGGACACGGUAUCGCUGGAGAUGACUUCUUUGCCUUGGGGGUGAGAAACAGACGAAUCAUCCAUAAGUUCAACCUCGGUUCAGGGAUGGCUACCAUCGUCAGUGACCCUUUAAACCAGAGGAUGAAAACACACACUGUGCACUUCGGACGAUAUCUAAGGAACGGAUGGAUGAAGGUCGACGGGCAAAGGAACAAGACGGGGUCGAGUCCUGGUAAUCUGGCAACUUUGACCACAUCUAGUCUGCUCUACGUGGGUGGCUACAGCGAGCACCUCCCCGAGAUGCUGCCUUUAGGCGCCAGAUACAAUAAAAGCUUUCAAGGUUGCAUUUUUAAUGUUCAAUUCCGGACCAGACAUGAUGGAAAGUUCCACACGCUGGACAGGCCGGGUACUCAACCAGUAUCCGCCCGCAGUGUGGGUCAGUGUGGGAUCUCUCCAUGUCAUCAGCUUUCUUGUUACAACAACGGCACCUGUGUCGACUCCGGAUCCUCUGUGUACUGCCAGUGCAGGUCUGGAUGGAAAGGUGCUCUCUGCACUGAGAGGAUAUCCUUCUGUGAUUUGGGACACGUCCCGCCCCCCUCGUGUGCCCGUGGUUCUACAUGCGUUCCGCUUCCUGAAGGCUACAGCUGCCGGUGUCCCCUGGGCACCGGUGGCGAGUUCUGCCAGGAAGUUUUGUCCAUCAGCGAUCCAUUUUUUGAAGCUAAUCGGUCCUCGUGGAUGGCUUUUCCCCUCAUACGCAUGAGACACAGAACACACCUUCUACUGCAGUUCAAGACGAUUUCACCAGAGGGCAUCCUGUUCUACACAGCACAGUAUCUGAGUGACCAAGCCGGUGAUUUCAUCAGUCUGUCUUUGUCUGGAGGGUUUGUACAGCUGCGAUACAAUCUUGGUGACACAACAAUUGUUCUACAGUCGCCAAACAAAGUGGACCUCACAGGAAGCACAUGGCAUACAGUGAAAGCUGAGAGAGAUGGAAACCGAGGCUAUCUGGUUUUGGAUGAGCGCGGUGUACAUCGCAACACCUCUAAGGGCAUGACUACUCUUGAUAUCUCGACUGAAGUGUUUAUUGGAGGAGUGUCUGUGAUGAGUUUUGUUUCCAAAGAUGCAGUGGAGAAAGAGGCAGUUAGCCUCACCGGAAGCAUUCGUGAGGUCAUUGUUAAUGGCCAUGAGCUUGAGCUCACGGAGAGGGGGGCUCUACGAGGGGUGGACGUGAAGGAUUGGGAUGGGACAAAGUGCGGGUACAAAGUGUGUAGGAACGGGGGUUCUUGCCAAGCACACAGCCAUGAUGCAUUCAUUUGCAUUUGCCCUGCAGGAUGGACGGGAGCAUACUGUCAGCACUCUGUUUAUUGCGUAGGAGCUCUGUGCCAACAUGGUUCUCUCUGCAUUCCAAACGUUACAUCAGCCACAUAUUCCUGCAUGUGUGGCCUCAGAUGGCACGGAACCUACUGCGAGCAACGAGUGUCCCUGAGAACCAUUCGCUUCCUUGGAAACUCGUAUUUAAAAUACAGAGACCCGAAAUACAGCAGAAGGAACCUGAUGCACACGCAGUUAUCAUUUAAUCUCUCAGCAAGCUCAAAAGAUGGCAUGAUUUUGUGGAUGGGGAAGGCAGAGAGUGAAGAUGAUGAUUAUCUUGCUGUCGGACUUCAGGAUGGUCAUCUCAAAAUAGCCAUCAACCUCGGCGAGAAGAUUGCAGUUCCUCUUGUUUCCCGUAACACAACUCUAUGCUGUGAGCAAUGGAUAUACAUAUGUAUUACUCUCAAUCACACUGUCAUGCAAGCUUAUGUGGAUGGUAAGAAGGUUCUUUUUGAAGAUAUUGACCCGUUUGAACACUAUGUUUCCAUUAAUUAUGGGGGUGUUUUUUAUUUCGGAGGUUUUGAACUGAACAGAGAUGUAGGAUGGGUUACUUCUGGGCUCUUUACAUCAGGAUUUGUAGGACAUAUUAAAGAUAUUCUUUUGUAUCAAGACACAAGUAUAAUACAGCUUCUGAAAACAUCUCAGGGCUUUAAUGUUGUCAAUGGAGAUUAAUAAAAAUAGUGUUGUUAUAUUAAAAAAUAAUAUUGUUAUGCUUUGCCUAGUGGAGUUUGUGGACAAAUGACUAUCACACCAACAUGUGCUUUGAAUAUCCAAUUCCAGAUUUCUGUAAUUAUUACCUCUACAUUUUUUUGAACUAGAUUUUAGAACAUGGCUGUUUGGAGAUUUGCCCCCUCAGCCAUAAGAGCGUUGGUGAAUUAAGGUAGCAAGAGAAGGUCUUCACCUGGAGUGGGGUUGAGGUUAAGGCUUUGUGCAAGCUACUAAAGUGGCACAGUGGCUUUGUGGUUAGUACUUACACCUUGCACCCCCAGGUCUGGGUUUGAUUCCCGGCUUGGGUAUGUUUGCAUGUUCUCCCCAUGCUUAGUGGGUUGGGCUAAUUGGCGUUCCCGUGAAAUGGGAAUGAAUGCAAUGGUAAUCACCAUUGGGCUCCACGGUCACUACUUGGACUACAGAGGCUCCUAGAUGAAUGGAUGGAUGGAUGGAUGGAUGCUGUCUACUCAAGUUACUUUCACCAUCAUGAACCAGCCUCUUAGUUUCAUGUUGCUGUAAUGCGUUUGUGUACCACAUAUGGGUGUGAUGGUCAGGAGUCCACAUACCUUUAGCCAUAUAGUAUAUAUUGUAAGUGUAUUUUUAUAGAUACACAAGUAUUUACUUACUGUAGCCCAUGUCUUGCUAUAUGUAAUUUAUUCUCUGCCCAUACUGUGCCCAUCACUGAUAAGAGAACGCCAUAUACCACCUGAUAUUAUUUGGGUCAUAGCUGAUUGUCAGCACUGACACUGACAUGCUAGUUUAUCAAAUGGUAGAACAGGUGUGGAUCAGACCCAGGAGCAUUGCUGUAUUUUUUUUUUACAUCUCAAUGAUACAGUUGGUUUAAGACAAAUGGCACCAAUCAAAAAUGUCUGUCACAGUAUAUGCCUAUAAAAUGUCCACCAUGAAUGUAGACGUGUGUAAUAAAAUUAAACAGUACUCAAA